AUGGCCACCUACCCCAGCGAGCUCGCCAUCCGCACCAACUCUGCAAUUCAGGGCGGCAAGGGCGGGCGCUCCUCGGUGAGCGGCGUGACGGCCACCAUCUUCGGCUGCUCUGGCUUCCUAGGCCGCUACAUCGCGCAGAGCCUGGCUCGCAUCGGCUGCCAGCUGGUCUUCCCCCACCGCUGCGACGAUCUGGACGUGCAGCACCUGCGCCCCAUGGGCGACCUGGGCCAGGUGGUGAUGCUGCCCAACUUCAACCCGCGGGACGACGACGCAUACCGCCGCGCCAUCUCCCGCUCCAACGUCGUGAUCAACCUGAUCGGCGCGGACCAGGAGACCUGGAACUACGGGUUCAAGGAGGUGCACGUCGACAUCCCCGCCCGCAUCGCCAAGGCCGUGCGCGAGCACGGCGGCGUGGAGCGCGUGCUGCACUUCUCCAACAUCGCCGCGCGGCCCGACGCCGUGUCGCAGCGCCUGCGCACCAAGGCACGCUCGGGUGGUCGGGGGGGCGAGGGCGAGGCGCUGGUCCGCUCCGAGCUGGGCGACCUGGCCACCAUAUUCAAGGUGGCCCCCGUCACCGGCACCGAGGACCGCGUGUUCAACCAGCUGGCGCGCCUGAUCAAGGCCUACCCGGCCCUGCCCCUGGUGGCGGGCGGCGCGCUGCGCCUGCAGCCGGUGUGGGUCCGCGACGUAGCCCAGGCGGUCUUCAACUCGAUGCAGGAGGAGGGCGCGGCGGGGAAGACCUAUGCGCUGGCGGGACCUGAGGUCCUGACCCUGUCCCAGCUGGCCGACCUGACCUACCACACCAUCCGCGAGCCACACAAUGUGCUGCCCGUGCCGGAGAAGCUGGCCGAGCUGGCGUCCCGCCCGCUGGGCUGGCUGGGCACCAAAACGCCCUUCCGCGCCAACCCCUUCUUCUCCUCCGACUCCGUCGCCGAGCUGGCACGCGGCGACUUCACGCUGGCCGCCGCCACCGCCGACCAGCCCCUGCUGACCAUUGAGGACCUGGGCGUGGCGCCGCGCCGUGUCACCGAGGGCCACCCCAUCGAGUUCCUGCGCUAUUACCGCUCCGGCGGCUACGACAUGGGCGCGGUGGCCGAGGUGGACUCUGCCCCCACGCCCGCACGCUGGGAGCGGUGA